AUGAUAGAGACUAUUCGUGACUCAGCUUUUGGCAAAUUAGUCCGUUUCUUGAGCGGUUACAGUCUCCUACUGUACCCGGAGGAAAUGGAUGAUUCUACGUGGCGGAGAUAUCUACAGACGCCAGAGGCCUACGCGGAAGAAGGCUCGACGCCGCUUAGGGGCGAAGACUUUUACGAGAUGCAAAGCCUACAUACGGUUAUGUCGCAGGCUGUUCGACGGAGGCGGCAACGACCCCCUCUGAAAAGCGUUUUGGCAGGUCCAUGGCAUGGGGUCAAGGAGGGUCAGCCAGAGGUAAUUGGCUGGCGAGGGCCUGAUGAUAGCGAGGUGUGGCUGGGCAGUUUGGUGACCCAUGGUCUGGGCUCCAAUAUCAGAGCUUCCCACAUUGUGUUUGUUUUCUUCCAAUUCGCGGUCAUAUACGCAAAGAACUUUGGCAUGCUCCUGGCCUUUCGAUUCCUAACAGGAUUCCUUGGGUCGCCCGUUCUCGCAACGGGGGGAGCCUCCAUUGGCGAUAUGUGGGAUCCCAAAGUCCGCGAUUAUAUGAUUGCUAUCUGGGCAUCAUUUGCCAUUGCUGCUCCUGUGCUGGGUCCCCUCGUGGGAGGGUUUGCUGCCUCCGCCAAGGGCUGGACGUGGACUAUCUGGGAGCUGCUUUGGAUGUCUGGAGCUACCCUGGUGAUUCUCUUCUUCUUCCUACCUGAGACUUUUGCGCCCAACAUCCUGAGUCGUCGAGCACGACGUAUUCGUCGGAUCACGAAUGAUCAGAAAUAUGCCUCCCGGCCCGAAAUUGAGAUCGCGCAGGUAGCUUCCAGGGAUGUCUUAUUUGAAUGUCUCAUCCGUCCAUUUGCCCUGUGCUUCCUCGAACCCAUUGUCCUUCUGAUGAAUCUUUACAUCGCGCUGAUCUACGGAAUUCUGUAUAUUUGGUUCGAAGCCUUCCCGAUCGUUUUUGAGGAAAAACGUGGCUUCAACCCAGGCGAAGACGGGCUGGCAUUCCUGGGUAUCCUGAUAGGGGCUGUAUGCAUUGCCCUUCCGGGAUACUUCUAUUGGAAAUACCGCUGGCAAUCGAAACAUGUCGAUCCGGACGGCUACCUCUCCCCCGAAGAACAUCUCCCUCCGGCGUGUCUUGGGGCUGUGUGUCUACCGAUCUCUCUUUUCUGGUUUGGUUGGACUGGCAACUUCGCAAGUAUUCAUUGGAUUGCGCCUAUUCUUGCUUCCGCGCUCUUUGCCAUCGGGGGAUACCUUAUCUUUAACAGCAUUUUCUGCUACGAGACACAGGCGUAUCCGAAAUACGCAGCCUCAGUCCUUGCCGGAAACGACUUCCUAAGAUCAUCGUUUGGCGGUGGUUUUCCCCUGUUUGCGUCCCAGAUGUUUCAUAAUUUGGGUGUUGGCUGGGCUUGUACAUUGCUUGGUUGUUUGACUGUGGUGUUCAUGCCAUAUCCUUUUUUGUUGUAUACUUACGGGGAGAGGAUCCGGAUGAGAAGCAAAUAUGCCCAGCAUGUAAUAAGCGAACUGUCAAUACAGACUACACCAUAG